GCCAUUUUAAAAAUUACAAGCAUGCUCUUUCUGGUUGUAUGAUCUUCUGGAACACUUCGGUAAUCAUAUGAACAAUUUUAAGGUGUAUUCUUUGAAGCUUGAUUUGAUAUAAUAGAAUGGCUCAAUAUGGUGUUGCUGGAACUGCAGGCCCGCCACGCAAGGAUCCACCUUGGGCUGCACUACAGGCUGCAGCAGGGGGACAUGCUGCUGCAGCGGCAGCUGUUGUUGCUGCAGCCGGAAAUGCAUCAUUAGCUGGGCAAGCAGUGCUACAACAACAGCAACAAGCUCAGGCAUUAUUAGGACCAAGUCCAGCUUCAAUCUACUCUCAGAAUCUGACUCAUGUAACACAAUCUCCUGCAUCUGUAGCUGCAGCCAAUUCUGCGUUUUCAUUACAACAACAGCAAGUGCUGCAGCAAACAGCAGCACUUCAACAACUUCAACAGCAGCAGCAGACUCUACAACAGCAGGCUGCAGCAGUCAAACACCAGGUACCGCUCAUUAACGGAUUUUCUAUAUUAGUAGCACCUGUGCUUAUAAAAAGAGAGCGAUGUGUAUACGGAACGUAA